AUGGGCUUUCUAGGCCUGUUCUUCACAGCCGGAGCCCUUCUACUCAUGUUUCUCACGUUGUUAGGAGGCGCGAGAAACUCGCGCCCACUGAACGAGAUUUACUUCCUGCAAGUCGACACGAGCAAUAUUCCAGGGGCACCAUCUCUAUCUCGCUGGACUUAUUGGGAGUUGUGCUCUGUAGUAAAUGGAAAAAGCGAUUGUGGAUCAUCUCACCCGGAUUAUCCAUUCGAUCCUCCAAGCAGUCACAACUUUGACACCACCGAUAACAUUCCCUCUGCUUUCGUUGGAACGAAUCACUACUACCUAACAUCUCGGUUCUCAUUUCCCUUCCAUCUCAUCGCUCUGUUCUUUGGCGUAUUGUCGCUUCUGACCGGAUUCCUGGCCAUGUGCACGCGCAUCGGAGGCUAUGUGUCCUCGCUGUUGGCUUGGAUUGCCCUGAUAUUCCAGAUCAUCACGACCUGCCUCAUGACUGCUGUCUAUGUCCAGGGUCGGAACAAAUUUAAUGCCAACGGUCAGUCAGCCAAACUCGGUGUUAAGGCCUUCGCCUUCAUGUGGACUGCUGUGGCUUGCCUCCUCCUUUCAUGCAUUUUCUACUGCAUGGGUGGUGCUGUUGGUCGAAAGGAAAGAGGAUAUAGCGGCCGUGAGCACCGUCGCCGCGGUUUCUUCUCGUCUGCGCGUCCAGCAAGCGUGAGGAGCAACAAGGAAACUGCGCCCUAA